AUGAAGUACAUCAACGCCAUCCUACCCGUCGCGCUCAGCUUCAUCGUUGGAGCCAGCGCACAAGAGACUUCGUCAACUCUCAUGAUUCCGGGACCCAUGGAGCAGAGCUUUACUGCUAUUUCUGGUACAAGGACUGGUGGGACUAUGACCACGACCUCCAUGCCCUCCAUGCCGGAAUCCUCCACCUCAACCAGCGCUUCAAGCGGCAGCCAAGCCUCCGUAGCCUCAAGCGUAGUCGUCAACGCAGGCAACCCAGGCGGCGACAGCCCUCCAUCUACCGGGCCCAGCGCUGGCGAUCCCGGGAACGUUUCGCAGACUGGUGUGAGCGCGGCGCAGAAUACUGGGAAUCCUAUUGUUGGUGCUGUGCGGAGGCAGCAGGCGCUGUUGCUGGGGUUGGGGGUUGGGGCUGCGUUUGUGGUGUAG